GCCAGCGGCCCGGGCUGCCAGGAGUUGCACCGAGCUACCUCACACAAUAGAAACCCGAGGUUCGAGGUCAGAUCAACGAGUAUAAUAUGCGCUGCAGGGUAGGUAAGCAAGACAGCCGACACACCGCGCAGCCGUCAAGUGGACAGUCCAUUGUCCGACGAUUAGCCGGGCCAGUGUCAACCUUGCCUUGACGCUCAAUAGUUUCUCGAAAGGGAUCACUCUUCUUUCAUCAACAAACACCCCAACAUCGGCCUUUCCCACGCCCGAAGCGGCUUGUUGCUGUACCUGACGCGUCUGCGCCAUAGCGAUUUGACGCAAUUCGCUGCCAGGAAGGGUCUCAGCUUCGUGCAACGGCCUGCUCGGCGCGAAUGAUGGCGUCCAACGAGCUCCCUCGAUUCGAUGAUUCCGAGGACGAGGAGGACUUCAACCCAGCCCCUGCCGACCUGUCCGAAGACGAGGGCGCUGAAAGAGAAGAGGAAGAUGAGCGGCCAGAUCGAAGUGCCGGGGCCGGCCGCAGCGAUUUGGGAGACGACAAUGAAGAUGCUCCGCGGCGGAGGUCGCGGGCCAGUGGCUCCCGCGACCGUGAAGAAGACGACGAUAAAGACGCGCGCGCUCGAGACGGGGACGACGACGACGACGAAAACACCAGAGAUAACAGGGAAGAUGAGAACCGCAGUGGCGACGACGACGACGAAGAAGGCGAAGGGGUAGAUGACGACGAAGACGACGAAGACGAAGAUGAUGUGCAACAGGGCCAUCGCAGAAAAAGACGCCGCGACAGGCGCAAUGCCUUCUUUGAUAUCGAAGCCGAAGUCGACGACGAGGACGAAGCUGAAGACGAAGAGAAGGAUGGCGAAGAGAUCGAGGACUUCAUCGACAACGCACAUCCCGAUGAUGUAGCCGAGAGUGCACGUCUCGACGACGAUAGACGACACCGUGAGCUUGAUCGCCGUCGUGAGAUGGAGGCAAGCAUGGACGCGGAGAAGCAGGCCGAGAUCCUGAGGCAGAGGUAUGGCAAGCGCGGUCCGUCCAAAGGAUUUGGCGACUCUGCGGUCGUGCCGAAACGACUCCUUCUUCCUAGCGUCGAUGAUCCCAGCAUUUGGGCCGUCCGCUGCAAGGAAGGCAAGGAGCGGGAAGUCGUCAUGUCAAUCACCAAGCGAAUCGAGGAGCGGGCCGACACUAAGGGCGAACUAGCAAUUACCGCCGCCUUCGAGCGAGGAGGUGCUCAGUCUGUGAUGAAGGGUUUCAUUUACGUCGAGGCCCAGCGCCAAACUGACAUUCUCGUUGCUCUCGACGGCAUGCUCAAUGUUUACCCACGGUCGAAAAUGACGCUCGUGGAUAUCAAAGACAUGCCUGAGCUGCUUCGCGUUACUAAGACGCCAACACUUGAACCUGGAGCCUGGGUUCGUCUCCGCCGUCCUGCCAAACAUGCUGGAGAUCUGGCCCAAGUCCUCGACGUUACGGAGAACGGCCUCGAAGCACGAGUUCGCUUUAUCCCGAGGCUGGACUAUGGCAUGCGAGACGAUGCCCUGGCGUCACUCACCACGGACGGCAAGAGGAAGAGGCCAGGCGGUAUGGCAGGCCCACGCCCGCCCCAGAGGCUGUUCAGCGAGGUGGAGGCUCGGAAGCGCCACCCUCGCCAUAUUCAAGGAAACCCAACGACCAACACCUGGUCGUACAUGGGUGAUGAGUUUGAAAACGGCUUUCAGGUCAGGGACGUCAAGAUACAACAACUUGUGGUUACCGAUGUCAAUCCCUCACUGGAAGAGGUGACGCGGUUCGCGUCGGGCGCUGAGGAUGGCACCGAGAACCUGGACCUCAAGGCCCUCGCCGCCAGCUUGAAGGACAGCAACACACUCGUCACCUACCUGCCAGGCGAUAUCGUCGAGGUCUAUUCAGGCGAGCAACGGGGCGUCGUCGGCAAGGCGACCAAUGUGCAGGGCGACAUUGUCACGAUGAGCGUUACGGAAGGCGACUUGAACGGCCAAACCAUCGAAGUGCCCAUCAAGGCCCUCAGGAAACGCUUCAAGAUUGGCGACCACGUCAAGGUAAUUGGUGGUAGCAAGUUCCGAGACGAAGUUGGCACUGUGGUCAAGAUCUCAGAGGACCGCGUCACCCUCUUGACGGACCAGACGAAUACCGAGGUCACAGUCUUUAGCAAAGACCUCCGCGAGGCGAGUGAUAUUGGCGGCCAGGGAUCCCUGGGGCAGUACACCCUUCAUGACCUUGUUCAACUUGACCCUACCACCGUCGGUUGCGUCGUGAAGGUUGAUCGCGAGUCGCUUGUCGUGCUUGACCAGUACGGGGACACGCGCCAGAUUAUGCCGUCGCAGAUUUCCAACAGGUUGCCGAAGCGGAAGCAGGCUGUCGCUGCCGACCGUGACGGUUCGGAGAUUCGACUAGACGACAAGGUCAAGGAAUUCACCGGCCAACAACGACAGGGCAAGAUCAUUCACAUCCACCGCUCGUACAUCUUUCUUCACACCAAUGACAGCACGGAGAACGCGGGAGUGUUUGUGACCAAGGCCAGCAUGGUGAAUACGGUCGCAGCGAAGGGUGGCCGUGUCAGCUCGGCCUCCUCGGGCCCCGACCUGGAUGCCAUGAACCCAGCCCUCAAGAUACAUAAGAACGGAGCUGAGAACAAACCCAUUCAGCAGCCUGUCAAGACAUUCGGCCGUGAUCGUGCCAUCAACCAGACCGCCAUCAUCAAAAAGGGCCCCUACAAGGGACUGUUGGGCAUCGUCAAAGACACCACCGACACGCAUGCCAGAGUGGAGCUGCACACCAAGGGAAAGACCAUUACUGUUCCACGAGAGUCGCUGAGUUUCCGGGACAAGACCACAGGUGCCGCCAUUGAUAUCAACGGAAGGGGCCGUGGCCCGCCUGGAGGAGGAUUCAACCGCGGAAGCGGUGACAGGGUACCUGGCUGGCAGGGAGGGUCACGUACGCCGAUGGGCGCUGGGGGAUCUGAUAGAGUGCCGGCUUGGGGAUCACGGACACCAGCCGCAACGGGUGGUAGGACACCCGCAUGGAAGGCACAGGACCCCUCAGGGUCUCGCACGCCGGCUUGGGCAGACGGUUCGAGGACGGUCAACCCCUACGACGGCAGCCGGACUGCGUACGGGACUGGAUCCCGGACGCCGGCCUGGCAGUCGGGAGCCCGCACCCCGGCCGUGGGCGACGCGUUUGGUGCCGGAUCCCGCACCCCGGCAUACGGAGGUUCAGGCGGCAUGGACAGCUGGGGAUCGGGAUCCAAAACACCUGCGUGGGGAGCGUCCGCGCCCACUCCCGGUGCCAGCGGCAACGACUCGUGGGGGUACACGCCGGGCGCCGGCGGAUCCGGGCCAUACGACGCACCAACGCCAGGUGCCGGCAUGAGUGCUCCUACUCCAGGGGCAUUGAAUGCUCCAACACCGGGAGCGUACUCCGCUCCGACGCCUGCGGCAAGCGCGCCGACUCCGGGUGGUGGCUGGCAGGGCGGAUGGGGUGCAGAUGCGGCACCCACUCCGGCAGCGGGAGCACCAACGCCGGGAGCAAGCGGAUACUAUGGAGCGCCGACGCCAGCUGCGUACGGCGGGCUGCCUGAGACGCCAGCUGCCAGCGGGCCUAGAUAUACUGAUGACGACUGAUCGUAGGUGGUGGCGACAGCAGCAUCCAGUGGGAGGGGUUAGGAUGCGAGGGCCCGCAGACCGAUGCGGCGUCUUAGUGUUCGGCCUGGUUGUGAUAUUAUUUUCCAAAAGGGUACCCGCGGGAUGCGGCGGUAAAUCACGGAUGGGGGCCCGGCAGCAGGAGGGGUGGGUGGCAACAGCUUGUGUAUUGUAAGUGAAUGCAUCACAUCGAUAGGGGCUCUGUUUUCAGCGAUGACGAAUGUGUUCGUGCAUGGAUCCGGCCACUUUCAAGAAAGAAAGAAAAGACCUGGUCCGGGGUUCGCGGCUACUGCAGCAGACGUAGCGUCAGGUUCUCAGCCACUGUGAAGCACGGAGCAUGAUUGAUCGGCCCCGUGUGCGUGUCUACUAUAUAGUGGUGGUGGUGGUGCGAGGGCGUGGUCAUUGCCGAGAGCAUGGAUUAUUAUUAUUUAUUAUUAUAGUACUUUACGUAUAGGACAUCCCUAUCGGGGCAAAAGACGCGCUAAACUAUAAUAUAUAUAAAAGAGGG